GAAAGAGCAGAUGAUUGUGUUUAUUCGGUAUGUGGAUUCAAGUGGGCAUAUUAUUGAGCGUCUUCUUGGAAUUACUCAUGUUCGUGAUACCACAUCUAUGUCUCUUAAAGUAGCAAUUGAACAUCUUCUAACAAGGCAUGGAUUAAGCAUUUCAAGAAUACGAGGCCAAGGCUAUGAUGGAGCAAGUAAUAUGCGAGGUGAGUUCAAUGGUCUUAGGACUUUGAUUAUGAAUGAGAAUCCAAGUGCUUUUUAUGUUCAUUGUUUUGCUCAUCAACUACAACUAGCACUUGUGGGUGUUGCAAAGGAAAAUGAGGAUGUUGGAGAUUUUUUUGUCACUGUCUCGCAAUUGUGCAAUAUUAUAUGUGCUUCAUGUAAGCGAAGGGAUAGCUUACGAGACAAACAAUUACAGGUUUUGAUUGAUUCAAUUUCUGCUGAUACAAUUGAAACGGGAAUUGGUUUGAAUCAAGAAGUAGUUUUACAACGUCCUGGUGAUACACGUUGGGGAUCUCAUUAUGGUGCACUUGUGAGCAUUCUGAAAUUAUUUUCUCCGGUGAUUGAUGUUCUUGACGAAUUAAGGAUGUUUUAGCAAUUACCAAUGACUUGUCACAGGCAUUACAGAGGAAAGAUCAAAACAUUGUGAAUGCCAUGAGACUAGUUGAUGUCUCAAAACAAAGGUUGCAAAUGAUGAGGGAUGAUGGGUGGGAAGCUCUUUUAAAAGAAGUUUCACUAUUUUGCAACA